AUGUCCGAUCAUCUUUUCGAAAGCUGGAACUCGGGCAACGGUAACGGUCAGGGUUCCAACAACAUGAAUAAUACAGUGUUGAAUUCAAACGACGAUUAUACCAAUAUUUUGAGUAGUUUGGCCAACAGCAACUCACAGCUUCUGAACGAAGGAACCGUCAAUCGCCCUGACCCGUCUCUGGAGUCAUCACAGACACAAAACUCGCGUGUUAGCAAUGACAAACAUCCGAACUUGGAUAUUUUGCUGCAACACUACCAGGAGCUCUUCAGCCGUUCUAGUGGUUCCAACAGCGGCAGUGGCACAAUUAAUAAUAGCAAUGGCCAGAGCACUAAUAACAAACCCGGACUCAACUCGUCUGACACAUCGCAUACGAAGGGGCCAAAUACCAACUCUAAAGCGCUGGCAGCUCAAGAAAACAAGUCGGUCAUCGCCGAAAAUCCUUGCGACCACUGUCGAAGGAGACAAAUUAAAUGUGUGAUAGUUCCAGACCUGGCAAAUUGCGUUCAGUGCGAAACUAAAGGUAUCAAAUGUGGCUAUUCAGAGACUCCUCUAUCUCGUCCAUCUUCUGACUCCAAUACAGACCGGCUCAAGCGCAAUCGCGUUGAUGAAAACGUGAACGUCCAUGAGCUUCUUAAACGCUCCAAGGUUGGGAGCAAUGACUCUGUCUCUCAAUACUACUCAGAUUUGUUGCAAAAUUUGAAUCAACCCUCUAGUAACGGCAAAAAAGCCUUCGAAAAUGGCCAAGCGUCAAAUUUAAACAAUCUGUCGAGCCCAUACAUGAUGUUUGAAACUCCGGGCCAAAACGAUCCAGGGAAAAGUGCCGCUAAUAGCAUUCAAAAUGGAACUUCUCCCUCAAAUAUGUCCGGUACCACAAAUUACAACACAGGCGCCCAAAAGAUGUCAUAUGUUCAACAACCCAUUCAAUAUCCGAGGUCUUCCUUUUACGUAGGGCCAACUUCUGUUUUCGAUAUUAAUCUGGUGAAUCAUGUCAAGCUAGAUAAAAUCGAUCAAGUUCAGCUAUCCAAAACUUUAGCGCUGCGAAAAGUCGCCCCCAAUGUCCAAUUUCUACUGCGAGACGAUUUGAACCAAAAACUUUACAUGAAGCAAGAGCAAGAAGUUGAUAUGGUCGAAAAGUUGGUUCACCCUCACGGUAAGAUACUUGUGGACAUUUUUUUCAAGCUUAUACAUCCACAAUUUCCAAUUUUGCAUGAAAGAGUCUUCUUAGAGAAAUAUUCUAGAUCUUAUCGAGAAUUGACAGCUCCCCUGCUGGCGGCUCUUUACUCUUUAUCAUUGCAAUGGUGGGAUUUUCAUCCUCAACUGGUAGGAUUUCCUAAGCCUGAUGUGGUUGAUCAGCUGAACGAAAUAGCAUUAAGGACCUUCUUCGAUGUCAUUGAAAGACCAAAACUCAGCAUCAUACAGACAGGAUUGUUAAUCUUGCAAUGUCGCAGCGAGAUCUCCAGUAAUUGGGCCGUGUGUUCCGAAGUCGUGGCGCUAGCCGAAGAUCUUGGUUUGGGGGUAGAUUGCCAAGACUGGAGGCUUCCUCGAUGGGAAAGAGGACUUAGAAGGCGACUAGCAUGGGCUGUCUGGCUGCAAGAUAAAUGGACUUCAAUGAUGGAGGCUAGACAUUCCCAUUUGAUUUUGGGUAGAAAUUGGCUCGUAAAAAUGCUUACAGAUGAGGAUUUCCCGGGAAGCUCCCCGGUAAUAAGCAAUUCCGCUGAAGGAUCGCAGUUCAAUGGGUUAAUGCACAAGGAUGUUAUGAGUCCUGUGGGCGACAGAUCUAUGCUGGAUCUGUCACCAACUGAGGAAGACUUCAAAAACAGUAAGCUCAUGUUUCAACAUAUGAUAUCUUUGAGCAUAAUUCUCGGGGAGGUUUUGGACACAUUUUACACAUUGGGAGCACUUAAAACUGUCACUAAGAUAGAGCAUGUUUUGAAGCUAGCAAAACCUUUACAAUUGAAAAUGCGUGAAUGGUAUCACUCUUUGCCAUCUCAACUCUCUAUGAGUUCUUUCCAAGAAAGAAAAUUUAAUAGCAAUGCUUCAUUGACUCUGUCUUACUUUGCCGUUGAGUUGACUCUUCACCGGAAGAUAAUUGUCACAUUAAACAAUGAGUCACCUCCUGAACUACUUCAAGUUUGCCGGUUAGCAGCCAAAACCAGAUUGGUUGCUGCGAUUGAAUUUAUACGGGAUCUCAAAUUUGAGCAUGUCAACUCAUUCUGGUAUACUUGCUCGACUGGAAACCUCACGUUAAUUGGCACUUUUGCGGCUUUGUUAUUUGUUACAGCGCCAUCGAAAGAGGAAUCAAGAAUUUACAGAGACUGUUUGAGAAACUACGUUUGGAUUUUGAGAAUGAGUUCGAAGAGUUUUGAAAAAGCUGGAAACGGGCUAAAGAAAAUACAUAUGCUUUUGGCUCAGAUUCCGGGUUUGCUUACUGAUGAUCCAGUAAUCCCCCAGCAACCGCAACAGUUAGUUGUUCCUCCGCCAUCUUUAUCACCAUUAAUGCACUCGCAACAGAUGCAAUCGGCAACACUAGCGCCAAGCCCUUACAACUCACAAUCUACCGUCAAUCAAAUGAAAAAUCUCCCUCCUGAAGUUUUGCAUCAAUUAGUAAACAUUCAGCGUAAUAUGCCCGCAGUGGGUGGCUCUAGUAGCCCAGAAAAGCAGAGCAAGUCCUCCGGUGCUUCACUUCAUGAGGCUUCGGGAAAUGGUGAGGGAAUACCAGAGUAUAAUCGCAUAUCGCCGGCGGCGUCUUCAUAUGGCGAAAAGAACUCUCCUAAAAAAGCGGCCCGGGGCCGUGAUGAAGGAGAAUCCCCAUCUAGUUCCGGUCAGUUGAAUAAAGAUGCUGUUCAAUCGGCAGAGAAGACUUCACGAUCUUUUAAAUCAAAAGUGUUAACGCCGCAAAGUGUCACCGGCAGAAAUGGCAAAUUCACAGCCUCGAGUGAUGACCAAACUCAAUCAAGCAUUAAUUUUGAACAUCAAAGAGAAGAUUCACAAGUCUCACCCAAUUCUAUUGAGGAACUAAACGGUGCUGACAAAGUAGGUGGGAAUGAAGACGUUGUUACGCAACAAUCUCCAGUUGUAAGCAAUCAGAACAACGAACAGACGCCGGUGAGUUGA